AUGCUCCGGCUACUUACGACAUUCAGCUCGCGCACAGGCCGAGUUGCGCUGCUCGCUAUCUUUUUCAUACUCAGCUUGACCUGGAUGUUGCUAUCGCCCAGUCAUGAUAAUCCAGGGCUGCCGACGUACUCCGCACGCUAUGGCCAUAACAGUCCUCACCCCAUCGAUUCUCUGAUACAAACCGCAGAGAACGACCUGCAGGACCUCCUGGAAACCGAAGCGCACGACCUUCAAGAUGCCGCCGAUAAAUACCGCGCACGUCGCGGGAGACACCCUCCUCCCGGGUUCGCGGAAUGGUACAAAUUCGCCAAGUCAAAGGAUUCCUUGAUUGUCGAGGAGUUCUUCGACCAAAUCUACACCGACCUAACUCCAUACUGGGCGCUGGAACCGAAGGAACUACGACGACUGGCUCGAAGCAUUCCGACCCGGAUUCUUGUGCGCAACAAAACCGCGAUAAUGAAGACAGACGAGCCAAGGAGCUGGAUGGACUCGUGGUAUGAUCUGGUCUCGAAGUUGGAGGAUGGACUUCCUGAUCUCGAUAUGCCAAUCAAUGUUAUGGAUGAGACUAGACUCGUUGUCCCCUGGGAGACCAUAACUGAGUAUAUGCAAAAGGAGAAGGUGAACCGCGUUAUGCCGAGUCCUAGUCAUGUCAAAUCAGAAUACAUGUCUCUAAAUGAUUGGGAUGGCGAAGAUGUGGAGCCUUACAAUCCUGGAUUUACAGUCCCAGGCGAGGGAGGCUACUGGGAAAUGGCUCGGGUUGGCUGUCCUCCCGGAAGUCCCGCGCGCAAUACGAACCUACCCAUGGUGGACUUUAACGAGCCUCCGUGGGAAUAUGGCAACUUUGAGAGGCUGUCAUAUCAUGGCUACGUAUCGAACUUUAGUCUCGCCAAGGACCCGUGUGUGCGGCCAGAGAUGCAAGUCCUGCACGGUACUUUCCUCGAGCCAGUUUCUGUUUCAACCUCCCACAAUCUUAUGCCACUGUUUGGUGGUUCCAAGCUUCCUAUGAACAAUGAGAUUCUCCUUCCCCCAGCAAUGUACUGGGCGCAGAACGACCACUACUCUGGUGGGGAGCAAGAACACGGUGGGCCCUGGGAGUCGAAGACAAACAAGGCCGUGUGGCGAGGAGCUGCCACUGGAGGCCGAGCUCGUGAACCUAAUUGGACGGGCUUCCAGAGACACCGCUUCAUGGCGAUGAUGAACGCAACGGCAGUGGCCCAGGCCGAGAAGAAUCAAGGCCAUGGGAUCAACUUUAGACUGCCAAAUUAUGCCGACUACAAACUGAAAGACGACGGCUCUGUCCCCCAACUUCUCGCCGAUCAUACCGAUACAGGUUUCAAUCACCUUGUUUGCCACCCCUACAUUGAAUCAGACCCGCGCUGCCCAUACCUUGAUCCGUACUUCGAAGUCGCACCCGGUAUGGCGAUGAAGACGAUGUACGACUUUAAGUACCUGCCCGAUCUUGAUGGAAACUCAUUUAGCGGUCGAUACCGCGGGUUCAUGCUGUCUACUUCCCUUCCUAUAAAGGCCACUAUCUACAAUGAGUGGCAUGACUCGCGCCUGAUACCUUGGGUACACUUUGUCCCCAUGGAUACAACCUAUCUCGAUAUUUAUGGAAUUCUGGCUUACUUCCUCGGUGGCCGGGAUGAUACAGCCCGGAAGAUUGCUCUUGCUGGUAAAUCCUGGGGUGAAAAGGUGCUUCGACGUGAAGACAUGCAGAUUUAUACGUAUCGACUUCUUUUGGAGUAUGCUCGCAUCUGUGAUGAUCAGAGGGAAUUCCUCGGUUAUGUUGAUGACCUCAAAGCAGCUUGA